AUGGGGAAUCCUUUCCUGUACUCCUACAGUAUCCCUGAUGAUAGCACGGAGCCGAGAAUCCAGGUUCCCAAAUGCAUAUUAGGAGAUGAUCUAGGAGAGCUGUGGAAGAAUUCGAGCUUCACAGAUUGCUGCGUGGUGGUAGCUGGCCAGGAAUUCCGGGCUCACAAGGCCAUCUUAGCUGCUCACUCUCCAGUUUUCAGAGCCAUGUUUGAACAUGACACAGAGGAGAGCAGAAAGAAUCGCAUUGAGAUUCAUGACCUGAAACCUGAAGUCUUCAAGGCAAUGAUGGACUUCAUUUACACUGGGAAGCAACCAGAUCUCCACAGCAUGGCAGAUGCUGUGCUGGUAGCUACUUACAAGUAUGGCCUGGAGCGUUUGAAGUUCAUGUGCGAGAGUGCCCUCUGCAGGGACCUCUCUGUGGAGAAUGCUGCCCACACUCUCUUCCUGGUUGACCUCCACAGCUCAGUGCAAUUGAAAACUAGGGCAAUGGAUUUCAUUGCAGCUCAUGCUUCUGAGGUUUUUGAGACCUUGAGCUGGAAGACACUCCUAUCCCCACUUGGGUGGCUGAAGUAUGUGCCUCUCUGUUUCCUGCAUGUGGUCUUUUCCUGGAUCACCCGCUCAAAUGCCUGA